AUGAAAGAGGCAAUUGACAAACUCAACGCUGACCUGAAGAGUAUCUCCAAGUGGUCAUUUGCCAAUGGGCUCAAACUGAACCCCGAUAAGUGCACUGUCUUACAUACAGCGCCUCUGGACCAAGUGCAGACCUUGAGAGAUGAUGGAGUGUCUGUCUGUCUCGACAGCCGGAGUCUGGUAGUGUGUGAGAAGGCAAAGACUCUUGGCGUCGUGAUUGACAGAUGCCUGAAUUUCUCCGAUCAUGUCACCUGUGUUUCCCAGCGAGCCUUAGGGAGACUAAGAGGUUUGUAUAGGUUCAGAGGCUUGUUGCCUGAGGCUGCAAAACUUCAGCUCGUGCAGUCACUAAUACUGUCAGUAUUUUACUACUGCUUCCCUGCAUAUGGCAAUAGCAUUUCUCGGGAAGACAUGUAUCGGUUGCAACGUCUGCAAAACUCCACAAUCCGGUUCAUUUUCUGUUUGAACAAAUUUGAUCAUGUCUCUCCCUUUCGAGAAGUAGCUAGUCUGCUUCCCGUUGAAGCCAUGUGCAGGUUGUUGACGUGCUGCAUGACCCACCGAGUGUUGUCACUUUGUGAGCCCGACUAUUUACGCGAGAGGCUUUCUCUUCGCGAUGAGGUUUCCCAGCGGAGGACACGUCAUG